CAAAGGAGGUGAGGAGGAGGCAGGCGGCGGGGGGAGAGACGGGCGGAAGAACGGCAGCCACAGAGGCAACAAGCAGGAGACGCUCACACGUGGAGCAGGAAAAUUCGCCUUCAUCACUUUUACGGGCGAAAAGUGAAUCUGUGAAGUUCCGAGGAGAAGUUGGUGCGCGUUUUUUGGAGCGGGGACGCAAUGCUCCCCGGAGCGCCGAGGAGGUGACUGCUGGGUGUGAGGAUCUCACCGCUGGAUCCGUGCAGGACAACAGGAUCGGUGUGGAGAGUUAAACUGGACUCCUAACGCGGCUGAGGAGGAUAAAGACACACAUCUAUAGUGGACAUGGAAAACCCCUGGAGGAAGACGCAGGCGGCGCGAUCGAAAUUGCUGCGGAAUUCGCUCCUGCUUUGUUUUUUCAUUGGUGGCAGCGAGGCCCAGUGUGACGGAUGUUUAGAGUAUUGCUGCGAUGGGACGCCGCCUUUCUGCUGCUCCUACUACGCCUAUGUGGGUGACGUCCUCUCAGGCACUGCUAUCUCUGGGAUCGUCUUCGGCGUGGUGUUCCUGAUGGGGGCGGUCGCGGCCUUGUUCCUGUGUGUGUGUAUGUGCAUGAAGAACGGGCGUGGCGCUCGGGUCGGCGUGUUCAGCACCUCCUACAUCAACACUGUGACCCAGGGCUACCCAGGUCCCCCGCCUCCAUACAGCUACGACUACGAGAUGUAUCCCCCCUCUCUGCAUCCCCCGCCCUACACCCCGACCCAGCCCCGGCUAGCCAACUACUCCCCCCCUCCUCCUUACCCAGGCUGCACCCGCAAGUGAACCCCCUGCAUCUAUUCAUUCAAGCAAGGGACGACUCGAAUAAAGGGCAAGAUCAGCUGCCUGUUGUUUUUCUUUUCCUUUUUUUUUGUGUGUGUGUGUGUGUGUGUUAAAUUUGUGGAGAGUCACGCAUCUGUGGUCUCCGAGGCCUAAAUGUCACUGCACUCCUUCUGCAGCUCGGUAGCUGACUCUGGAUCCGAGCUGCACGGCAGGGUGAGGGGGGUUGCAAAACACCAGGAGAGAGGAUGUGGGUCAGAGCUGCCGCCGCCGCCGCCACUGCUGCUGAUGAUGAACUCCUCCCCGACUCGUCAGGGUUCGGCUGUGUGGCAGGAUGAUAGUUUUACCAGCACUAGCCUGCGGCGGGUAUUUUUCGGCUAAUACCCAAUAUCCUGAUCCAUCCCUGGCUGUGCACAUCAAAGGCACCAAGCCGCUUUGAUGAAGGUGAAGACCACUUUGACUCGGCACGGAGGGGAAGCUCACUUUACCGGAGGAGAAAGUCUUUUGAGGACACAAUGUUGACUCUGCAUUCAUCCUCCCCUGCUAGAGAAAGAGGGGGCUCUCUCACUUCUCAACUUCAACUGUAUCAGUGACGGAGCUGAAGGCAAACCUGUUUCAAACUUGAGUCACUAACAUUCACACACACUUGCAUUUGGAGGACUUGAAAAUGACGCGUAAUGAUUUUAACGGUGCGUGCGGACAUGCACAACUUGAAAAGACUUGAUACUGCGUUGACUUUCAUCGCCUUACUUGAACCCAACGUUGCCGAAUUGGGGUCAAAUCGCUUUCAAUUCAAUCAAACCUGGAAGUGGAUUAUUUCUGAAAACUGGAAAUCCGUCGCUUUUGAGAGGUUCUUAUAUUUAUAUCGUAGAUUUAAUGAUUUUAGGGUUCACACUCUCAUUAAUUCGCAGUUGUCUUGUGAAUUGACUGAACUGUGAUCAAUUAAAUGACUGACUGUGGAGGGUGGGAAUGGAUUUAACCGGUGAUAAUGAUGAUGAUAAUGAUGAUGAUGUGUCAAUAUGAAUGAAUUUGAGCAUUUCUGUUUCCACGGUGAUGUGUAAAUUAAAGAUGCAAUUAAAGGUGAAUUUUUUGAAAAGUGUGAAA